AUGGUCAGUGUCGUUGGUGGAUUCAUGCUCGCCGGUUUCGGAACCUCCGCGACUGGGUAUUACACACCAUUUGUCUAUGCCGGAUCCAUCCUUAUGUCGGUAAGUACCGGUCUUCUGAUGACCGUCCAUCCUCGGUCCACCUCCCGAGCCAAAUGGGUUGGUUUUCAAAUCCUGUGCGGAAUGGGAAUCGGCCUGGGCGAAGAACAGGGUCUUUACAUGGUGCAAACGACGCUUCCUGAGCAUGACAUAGCGACUGGGAUCGGGAUCAUCUUGUUUGCGCAGACCUUCGGAGGAGCUUUAUUUGUAUCUGUUGCACAAGCGGUGUUCCUGGGAAGUAUUACCGAGGCGCUGAACAAGAUAGCUCCUGACCUGAAUCCCCAGUCAAUUGUGAGUGGUGCAACGGCAAGUCUGCCGGGCUCUUCUACCGGUCAGGUUUCAGCGGCAUUGCAGGCAGUCUACGGUCGAGCGAUCAAAGAUGCCCUGCGUGUGGGGCUUAUACUGGCAACAGUAUCAAGCCUAGGUGCUGUGCUGUAUGAUUGGAAGAGUCUGAAGGCUAAUACCGACCAUGCGAAUGGAGAACAUGGCAAUGGUCAUGAAUUGGAGCGCAUCGGAGAGCAGAAAUAG